AACAAAGCCACAAAUUCUUUUCACUGUAUUAAGUUGCCGCUUUUUCUUUAGCCUAGUUAUUAUUUUAAGUAAUUACCUUUUAACUGUUCCUGUCUACGUAGCCUGUUAGAUCGACUUUGUGAUGCAAGCAUGCUUUUGAUCCAGAAAGUACAGACACAGUCACUUGCUCCAGUGCAGAGCAGCUGUCGUCUGCAGAUGUGAUUCUGUCCGAGCACAGCUGCACCAUUCACCAAUCGACACCCUCCAUGGUCACCUAGCAACUAGGCAUCUCCAACGACUCCCAGUAAAACCUCCUCUGUGUAGUUGCUACAGAUCCCUGAACUAAACCGACUAAUACAUACAUAAAUAAACAACAAGCACAGGAGGCAGCCUUGAGACUCUGGAGGGUUUCUGUUGGGAUGGCUCGGCUCCUCUCCCCACAAAGAUGCUGUUGGCUCAUGCCUCCUGUGACGCUGGUCUCCCUGGCCGCGUGGAUACUGCUCACAGGUCCCAACGAGCUCACCUCUCACCUCAGGCACCAGGAUACCUGGUGGGACUACACUGAAGCCAACCUCAGCACUUUCAACUGCGACCCCGUCCUGAGAGGAGAGCCGGAGGCCGUGGAGCAGGCGAAACUCCUCAGCUUGGAGCAACUGUUCCGGAAACACACCCGCCUCUCAGACGACCACUUCUUAAACGUCAGCCAGGACUGCGACACCUUCCUGUCCUCCAGGAAGUACCUGCCUUUUCCCUUGAGCCGCGAGGAGGCAGAGUUUCCUAUUGCCUUCUCGCUGGUUGUCCACCACAAGGUGCACAACUUUGAGAGGCUCCUGAGGUCCAUUUACGCCCCUCAGAACUUCUACUGCGUCCACGUCGACACCAAGGCACCAGCCUCCGUUUUGGCCGCCGUCACCUCCAUCACUUCCUGUUUCCAGAACGUCUUCCUGUGUAGCCGGCCAGUGGUGGUGGUCUACGCAGGCUGGUCGCGCGUCCAGGCCGACAUCAACUGCAUGCGCGACCUCUACAACAUCAGCGCCUCGUGGAAGUACUUUGUCAACCUGUGUGGUCAGGACUUCCCCAUCAAGACUAACCUGGAGAUGGUGCGUAGCCUGAAGGCGCUGAAGGGCCGGAACAGCAUGGAGUCUGAGAGCAUGCCGAGCUCUAAGGAGGGGCGCUGGAAAAAGGUCCACGCGGUGGUGAACGGGCAGGUGCAGAGGACGGAAGAGGACAAGUCGCCCCCUCCCUUCAACCUGCCCAUCAAAUCGGGGGGGGCCUACAUGGUGGUGACGCGGGGCUUCGUAGAGCACGUUCUGACAGACAGCAGGGUCCUGGAGCUGCUGAAAUGGGCUGAGGACACCUACAGCCCGGAUGAGUUCCUGUGGGCGACCAUCCAGAGGAUGCCCAGGGUGCCGGGCAGCCAGAGGCCCAGUGGCAAGUACGACACCUCCGACAUGCAGGCCAUUGCUAGGCUGGUGAAGUGGCAGGGGCAUGAGGGUGCGGAGGAGGCCAAGGAAGCCGCGUACCCGCUCUGCCAGGGACGCCACGUCAGGUCCGUGUGCGUGUACGGGACAGGGGACCUCUGGUGGAUGUUGCAGCACCAUCACUUGUUUGCCAACAAGUUUGACGUGGACGAAGAUCUUGUGGCUGUCCACUGUCUGGAGAAGCACCUUCGAAACAAGGCCCUGAGCUUCGGGGUUCUACAGCUCGGCAAAGCGGACAAAGUUAAAGGUUGAGAAGGAACAAAAAAACGCUUAACCCUUGUGUUAUCUUCGGGUCAUUCUGACCCAUCAGUCAUUGUGACCCACCGUCGUAUUGCGACAACUUUACCGCAUACAAAAACAAAGUGAAGCAUUUUCUUUUAACCGUUGGGCUGUCUCAGACCCCCCACAUUGCGAAGGUUAAAAGAAAAUUAUUUUUAUUUGUUUUUGUAUUGGGUAAAAUUGUCUAAAUACAACGAUGGUUCGUUAUGAACCUUUGGGUCAUGUGACCCGAAGGCAGCACAAGGGUUAAAAGACAAUGGGGUUAGAAUUUCUUGCCUGCACUGCUCUAUCUAAUUUUCUAGGGUGGAGCAAAUAAGUAACCUAUUUGGUGAGCACUAUCAGGGGCGCCUGCAGGAAUUUUGGUGCCCACGAAAAAAGAAAAAAAUAUAUUAAAUUAUUAUUUUACCUCCUAUUAAAUUAGUUUUGGGGGUUUAAUUCUUGCAUAUACUCAGGAAUUAUGUCUUUGUUUUGGUUUGGUUGGAUAUUUAAGGAAGAGACACCACACCGUUCAUAGUUCUGAUGGUAUUUACUGAACAUCUUGAUUAUUUUACUGUGAAUUAAUGCACAAAUAAAUGAUUAAUUACA